AUGUCGACUCCAACUCUUGCCGAGAAGCUGGACAAGAUCCGCUCCCCGGGUCUUCAAAGUCAAAAGAGGACUGCCGUAGUCCUCGAGGCGGUCGACACAACACUGAAGGAGCAAAACGCUCAGCCCACACCGACUGGCUACUUCGCCGCCCUUCUCGGCCUCCUCACCCAAGCUGUAGAGAGCGGCAAUAUCAGCUCCGACACGACGACCUCCGUGGUUUACCUCCUCGAUAUCGUCACCCCGUUUGCGCCUCAACCUAUCCUUCGCGCCAAGUUCACCCAGAUCCUCACCUCGCUCGCACCCGUUCUCCUGCAACAAGAUGCCGAAGCCCUCCUCCUCCGCUCGUCCAUCGGAUGCCUCGAGUCUCUUCUUCUCGCACAAGAUGCCGGUGCUUGGGAGCUGGGCGUGACCCAGAUCGGCCCCCGCAGAGCCGUCGCCGGUCUGCUCAACCUCGCUCUCGAGCAGCGCCCGAAAAUCCGCAAGAGGGCACAGGAAGCGCUUCGAAAAGUCCUGAAGAAUCCGCCCCCGAGCCCCUCACUCGACCAUCCGGCUGCGGACAUGUGCGCCCACACCGCUCUUGCUAACCUCGAGGAUAUUGCUGGAAAGGCCGCGGCGGCAAAGAAGCAGAAGGGAGCCGAGUCUGCCCACGAUCCCGCUCUGAUCCACGCUCUCCAGCUCAUCAAGACUAUUGCCUCUGCGAGUGGCGGCUGGCCCAGCAAGAAGAUCGAGUCUCUGUGCGACCUCCUCCUCGGAAUCUCAAGAUCCGGCAACGAGUACAUGACGAUGGCGACUUUUGAGAUUUUCGAAAUGAUUUUCGAGGGCAUGGCCGACGACGUCGCUUCGUCCAAGCUCCCACGACUGAUGGAGAUUAUUUCGGAGCUGCGCCCUGCUGCAAACGACACGCAACUUAUUCCGCCUUGGCUGGCAAUCCUCUCGAGAGGCUACGAUGUCUCUGCACAACUCGACUCUGAGGAUGUUUUCCAGAACCUGCCCGAGAUUUUCUCAAUGGUCGCCCAGUACCUCGAGUCCCCCGCACACAACAUCCGGAUUUCCGCUUCCGAGUGCUUGGUCUCAUUCAUGGCGAACUGUGUUCCGCAGUCGGUCAUUCUGGAGCCAUCAGUCUAUGACGAGAAGACUUUGGAAAAGAUUGCCAAGAUUGCCGAGUCUCUGCUCAGCCUCAAGUACCAACAAGCCUGGAUGGAGAGUUUCAACGUCUUUGGAGCCAUGUUCGACUCCUUGAGAUGGCGGGCAAACCCCAUGAUGCUCAACAUCACCAAGGCUGUCGGAGAACUCCGUGGCAGCGACUCUUUCCAAGGCAAGAAGGAGGCCGACGAAGUCAUUGGCAAGGCCAUCCGCGCCAUGGGCCCCGAGGCUGUCCUGUCCAUCCUGCCCCUGAACAUUGCGAAGCCCGCCAAGGGUCAACAGGGCCGCGCCUGGAUGUUCCCCAUCCUCCGUGACUACCUCAGCAACACCAACCUCGCGCACUUCCGUCAAGAGAUGGUCCCUCUCAGUGAGCUCAUGUUCCAGAAGGUGCUUGAUCACGGCAAGGCCGAGAAGACUUUGGAAGUCAAGAUCUUCGAGACCCUUGUACAGCAAAUUUGGGCCACCUUGCCCGGCUACUGCGAUCUCCCGCUUGAUGUUACCGAGGCGUUCGAUCAGUCAUUCGCCGAGCUCCUGGCAAACAUCCUGUACAAGCAGGUCGAGUUGCGUCUGGAGGUCUGCCGUGCGCUCAAGGUUCUCAUCGAAUCCAACCAGGCCAUUGCGACCAUUGAGGAUGAUGAUGAGGAAGAUCUCGUUCUUCAAAGCCGCAUCUCCAGGGCUACGGCGAAGAAGAACCUCGAGCACUUGGGCAGCUUUGCCGGAAACAUGCUCGCUGUUCUCUUCAACGUCUACACCCAGACCCUCCCUCAGUCAAGAGGACCUAUCCUCCUCACUAUCAAUGCUUUCCUCAGCGUCACCCCCAAGCAGGAGCUCAUCGAUACCUUCGACCGGGUCAGCAAGAUGCUCGCAGCGGAACUGCAGCAGACUGCCGACCAGGAGAAGCCCAAACAACAGCCCAAGCAGAACGCUAUGCCUUCAACUAGCAACACCCUGAUGGAUCUGAUCAUCUGCAUUGCGCUCUACCUGCCACGCGAAAGCUACACGGCUUUGUUCGAAAUUGCCAAUGUCAUUAUUUUCAGGGACAACGAACCUCAGUUGCAGAAGAAGGCUUACAAGCUGGUACCCCGCCUUACCGAGUCAGAAAUCGGCAAGCAGGCUCUCGCCGCACGCAAUGACGAGUUGCAGCAGAUGUUCCUGACGAGCGCCGAAAAGGUUUCCGCUCCCGCCCGCAGAGAACGCCUCGCCGCCCUCUCUGCGCUGCUUCCUUUCAUCCCCGAUACCUCCCUCUACUUCAUCCCCUCCAUCCUCAGUGAAGUCGUUAUUUGCUGCAAGGAGAACAACGAGCGCGCCAGAGAGGCUGCGUACGACCUCCUUGUGCAGAUCGGUCACCGCAUGGAGUCUGCCAACGACGCCCCUAUCGAUAAUAGCAAGAUUCCUCAUAUGCCCGCAGACGCACCUGCCGGUAAAGCCAACAUUGAGGAGUUCCUCACUAUGGUUAGCGCCGGUCUUGUCGGCAGCACCCCUCACAUGAUCUCAGCAUCCAUCACCGCCCUCAGCCGCGUACUGUACGAGUUCAGGAGGUCCGUCAGCACUCAGACCUUGGCCGACCUCGUGCAGACCAUGGACCUCUUCCUGACCUCCAACAACCGCGAGAUCGUCAAGAGCGUCCUGGGCUUCGUCAAGAUCUGCGUCGUCAGUCUCCCCUCGGAACUCGUCAUCCCCCGCCUGUCCUCCAUGGUCCCCAACCUCAUUAUUUGGAGCCACGAGCACAAGGGCCACUUCAAGAGCAAGGUCAGGCACAUCCUGGAGCGCAUGGUCCGCAAGUUCGGCUUCGACCUCGUCAACCAGAACUGCCCAGAGAGCGACAGGAAGCUCAUUGUCAACAUCCGCAAGACCAAGGACCGCGCCAAAAAGAAGAAGGACGCGGCCAAGGCCGCCGGCGAGGAGAGCGAUGAGGAGGACGGUCGCCAGGGACGCAAGUUUGACAACGAGCUCGACCAGGCUCUCUACAGUAGCGAGUCGGACGGCUCCAACGACGAGUCCGACGAUGACGACGAGGGCGGCGCCGCGGCCGCUGGCGCCAAGGGCAAGCGCGGCAACAGGAAGGGCGGUAACACGUACAUUGUCGAAGACGAGGACGAGCCGCUCGAUCUGCUCGACCGCAAUGCCCUCGCCAACAUCUCAUCCACCAAGCCCGUCAGGAUGCGCAAGCCGGGCCGGACCAAGGCCAAGACCGAUCUGGACGGCAAGCUGAUCCUCGGCAAGGAUGACGACGAGGCGAUGGAAGUCGAUGGCGUCGAGAACGACGGCUCGGGCGUCAACGCCUACGUCGCCGCGCUCAAGGGCAAGGACGCCGGCAAGAGAGGUCUCCGCGGUAAGCUCAAGUUCAGCAACAAGCGCGGCCAGGACGACGAGGAGAUGGAGGACAUGGACGAGGGUGACGCCGCUGCCGUCAAGGCUCAGGUCGACAAGAGCCGCGGCGGUGGUAGGCCGCCCUUCCGUGGCGGACGGGGUGGCCAGGACCGCGGUGGACGUGGAGGGCGUGGUGGACGCGGCGGUGGUGGUGAUCGUGGUGGUCGCGGUGGCAAGGGUGGUAUUGCUGCCGGCCGCAAGGGUCUCGGCGAGGAUAGGAGACGGUCAGGUGGUCCGUCGGGCGGAGGUGUCAACAAGGGCAGAGGCGGCCGUGGACGGAGAUGA